AAGGAUAAAUUCAUUGGAACUUUGACCUUGUUUGAACCUGAUCUUUCGUAGUGCGUCCAAUCACAUCCGUGCUUUGUAUGAAGCGAGCAGAUGUAAACACGAAAGAACAUUUUGGGAUAAACCCAAGAUUUUCGGUCUCAUAAAGCGGAUUCAGAAUUUAGCCUUACAACGCAGACAACCGGCUCCUACCACCGCUUGUUACAAUUUUCCGAACCUACCGCUGUUCUGGAUGGAUGACGUCAAAUUUUGCGGCGCUCGAUUCUUCUCGUGUAGUCACCGCCUUACUUGACGUUGAACGCAGCGUUUGAUUCUUGUAAAAGCGGCUUUAUAGUCAACAUUUGUUUGGGUUUUUUAUUUAUAUUUAUUAUCAUUGUUAAUUGUGUAUUUGGAAAGAUGUCUGAUUCUCUAGAAAACAUGGUGACAAAUUCAGAGCUGUGUUGAAAAGCCACUGGUGCAAUGUUUCAUCUAGGUAAUGAUUAACUUCGAACUAAUCUGUUUCUUGUCAUUACUGACAGGCGGAAAUAAUAGAAUGAGUGUAUUAUGAAAAUACAUAUAAACCUAUUUUUAUACAGUCUAUGAUAUAAACACAAAUUUACUCUGCACACGUUAUCUUAGUGACAACACUGUUCUUGUGAAAGUCUGCAAAAAAUGACAGUUCAAUAAUAUUGCAAAAGACACAGCAAUACAGAUAAAUUCAUGUAGCAUAUCAAAUAGCCUGCUUUAACCUGCUUAUAGUGUAGAUUGAAGAUAUCGGCUGUGGUAUCAUUAUUUUGGCUGUUAACACUUGUUGUGGUUUAUAUUACAAAUCAUGAAACUGAACAGCUCCAUGCUUAUAUUGAAUUAAAGUAACUUAGCACUUUUACAAAUCAUCUUACAAUGCAGGAGAAACAUCAGUGCACCUGAUGGCUGAAAACCUUGUGUUUGAUUACUGAACAGUGGAGUGAUAUGAAGACAUUUGCCUAACACGACAGUGGGGGCCUGUAACCACACGGUUGCAGUUAAUGUUUAAUUGUGUUGCAAAUAUCCCCACAAAGUGCAACUGGGCAAUAAAGAGAAAAGGAGGUGUGUCUUUAGCUCACUUACAUCAUCACUUUAAAACUGAAAGAGGAAAAAUAAAAUCAAGAACCCAUUCACAUGUUUCAGUUAUUCCUCAAAGCUCUUUUUUUCUGUGAAAGACCGAGAGAGAGAACUAAUGGAUUCUGCAUCGCAGAUCACAGGAGAGAAAAGCUUUCAGGAAAGUCCCUGCCUUUUCCAGUACCGCAGGGAUUAUGCUCAUGUGGGUAAAUGCCUCAUCAUCAACAACGAAGACUUUGCUGAUAUGCCUCAACGGAGCGGUACGGAGGUGGACAGGAAGUUGCUGCGGCGGACGUUCGAAUCCCUCAAGUUCACCGUGCAGGAGGAGAAUAACCUGUCCGUUGGCGACAUGCUGAGGGUCCUACGGGAAGUGUCUGAGGAAGACCACGGAGACAGGGCGUGCUUCGUCUGCGUGCUGCUCAGCCACGGGGCGGACGGGACCAUUUUCGGAACGGACGGGCAGGUUCCUCUCCGGGCCCUGACCUCUCUCCUCACCGCGAAGAGAUGCCCGACCCUGAAGAGGAAGCCCAAAUUAUUCUUCGUCCAGGCUUGCAGGGGACAUGACUACGAUCCCGGAGUUGAAGUGGACUCAGCGGAGGGUGAACAGUCCUCGGAAAUGUCAGAGAUUUUGGAGGGAGAUUUCCUGUGCAGCUUUUCUACAGUUCCAGGUUAUUUUUCGUGGAGGAACACAGGAACUGGCUCGAUUUACAUCAGAUAUCUGUGUGAGAUGCUGAGUCAGAACAGAGGCCUGGAAAUAACAAAGAUCCUGACCAGGGUCAACCACAGGGUGGCGCUAGAUUUUGAGUCAAACACCUUCAACUGGCAAACCAGUGGAAAAAAACAAAUGCCCUGUAUUAUGUCCACACUUACAAAAGAGCUCUUCCUCAAUGUUUAACAGCAAUCUCAAAAGUGUCUGAGAUUUUACACACUUUUGUCACCAAAUGAAUAAAGUACGAUACGUACAAUGUACAACAAACAAUGAUAAAAAAUUAGAAAUUAUAUUGAAAUUAGAAAUUAAUUAAUAGACAAAUUUUAAUUGCUGAUUUUAAACGUAAUUCGUGACCUCUGCUUGUUCUUUAAUUUAUGUUACACUACUAUCUGAUUCCCUGUUUGAUGUUUGUGACUUGAUGUUCAGUAACUUGUGUUUUAUGUUAGGUCCCUAUUGAAAAGGAGAUUUUUUUAUCUCAAUGGAGUA